CUUAGACGUCGUCAGACCUGUCGUCCGAUGAUAGAUCUCAUGCCGGAAGCAGCCCGCUUUCAGCAGCGGGCAGAUCUUGUUCAUCCCUCAUCGCCGCGCCGCAUUGCAUCGCUGCUGCUGGCGACAGGUGAGGACAGACAGACGGCCACGGAAUCGCAGCAUGAGCAGAUUCAUCUCAUUGCAGCUGCGUGCGUGUGUGUUGCGUAUUUGAUCACCUGCAGUCGCAUGUGGCCUCGUCGCCGCGUCAGCGUCGGACCAUCGCCGCCCUGCCUUUGCGGUCCCCUCCCUCCCCCUCCAAAAUGCACGCUCCGCCCGUCCCCGCCUCACCGCGAUGUCAUCUUCCCCCAAGCAGCACACGGCCACAUCGGGCCAGCAGCAGCAGCAGCAGCAAGAUGCAUCGCUUUCCUUCAAGACCUCCUCCUCCUCAGCUGAGCCGAGUGACUUCCCCCUCCCCCGCGACCGCAUGUUGGUGGACCCCGACGAGCAGUUCAACGCGAGGCUGGCGCCCCCGCCCUCUCGCGGCGGAGUGGGCAAGGGGAUUCUGGACCUGGACGGCUUCUUCCUCGAGAUGGUGCGGCUGUCCCGGGCGGAGGUCAAGUUCCCCGAGUGGUUCCAGGUGCCGCUCAUGCGCAAUGCCUGGUCCAACUGCUCACAGCUCACCAUACGGUCAGGCAGUGCAGUGCAGUAGGAGGGGGAGAGAGGGAGGAGGGGGAGGGGUAUGUAUCUUCGGGAUUGAUUGAUGGAUUGUGCGUGUCGUGUCGUGUGGUGUCGUGUAUCUCGUGUAUCAGGGCUGGUUUCAUCCUGUUGUUCUUCAACGAGCUACUGGCGCGGAACUGGACCUUCCUCGCAUCGUAAGUAGUUCGUUCGGGGGACUCAAAUCAAUCCUGCACACACAGGCAAUUCGUACGCCGUCCACUCAUUUCAUUCAUCCCCUGGCUUUGGUUGUCUGUGUGUGUGUGUGUUUAGGUUUUGCGGUCUGCUUGUCUUCAGCCGCCGUGUGGGGGCGCCAGACUACGCAUCGGCACUCGGAGGUAGGGGGGUCACCCCUCCAUCCCAUCACCCACAGCAGGCAGCAAAGGAAAUGUAUGAGCUAUGUCUGUGUGUGUCCGGUCAGCGAUACUGGUGAGUGCGAUCUUCCAGCCGCUGAUAAGCGACUGCGCGGGUUUCGAGAUCAUCCUGCCGGCAUCGCUCAUCGCACUGCCCUUCAUCGUCUCGUUCGAGCGAAUCAUCGAGGGCGAACUGGAACUCAGAGGUGGGUCGGUCGCAGAGGAAGGAGGGAACCACACCAUGGAGCUCUCUCUCUCUCUCUCUCUCUGCGUGUGUGUGUGUGUAUAGAGGGUCGCCCGAACGAGCCCCGCAAGAAGGACGACCCGUGGGACAUAUGGCGGUAUCUGCCCGUCACCAGAGAAUCCACCAUGACCGAACUCAGGAACUUCGUCAAGUCAGUCAGACAAGACACACAGCACACGGACACACACACCACCCAUCCACUCACCACCUCACCUGUGUGUCGUUGGCACCGCCCGGCUGCUUUGUUUUGCUUUGCAGGGCGAGCGGUAUGGACGUCAAGACGGGCGGCAAGGGCCGGACCAAGCAGAUGGUCUACAAGGACAUACUCCAGAGCUACAAUGCACAAGUCGCCGCCGCAAGGGCAGAAAACGAAAAGGUCACACACACCAGACAACGGACGGCAUCCUACCCACGAAAGCCGGCCCUCUUCCACUUCACAAGUUUGAUUGAUGUCUGCUGUGCAGGCGAUGGAGGCGGAUCGUCGCGCGAAGGUCGAGCGGCGCCAGUUUGAGCUGCAGCGACUGCGACAGGACUUCGAUGAGCCGCCUCCCGUCACCACCACCACCGACACCACCACCAUAGACACCGACACAAUACACGAGCAGGAGCAGACCACCAACGCCGUAUACGACCCUUCUUACCGGUGUGGUAUACACAGCACCGGCAGACAGCACAAGGACCACACGGUUGGCGCACACGAGUGAGUAGUGUGGCUGUGCUGUGUGCAUCAGCGAUUGGGACAAGCGGUUCGUCCAGUCGGCCCCCAAGACACAAGCAAAGAAGAGCAGCAGCAGCAGCAAGAAGGGCCCGUCCAAGGAUGCCCCCCCACCCUCCCUCCUGCAGCAAGACCAGCAGACGACCGUACUCACCCCCAACGACGCACCGGUUGUCGACCUGAGGUCGUCGACAGACAAGGGCUCGGAGGGCACACACAUGGGGUGACAGCACAGCACAGCCUCGGUCUGCUGGGUCUGGCGCGUUUGUUUAGCUCCUAGCUCUGGCCGUCAGUGUGUCGGCCGAUAGAUGGUAGGACAGUCCGUGUGUGGUGUGUCGGUCGUGUGUGGGGCGUGUCGGUCGUCUCUGUUUAGACGGCAGAACACACAGAUAGAUAGAUGCUGACGUGUGUUCGGCCUUUUAUCAGUCUUGUGCAGCACUCACUGACGGAGAGAGAGAGGGAGAGGGGUCCCCGAGGAGGGGAGGGGAGGAGGUUUGGCGAACGAAGUGCGGGGCGGCGACCCUGCGUGGGGGUGGUUGGUGGUUGCAGCUGUGUACAGUCUUCCGAGGAUCGCUGUCUGUCUGUCUGUCUGACUGUUCGUCUGUGUUUGAGUGAUCGAGGAAGGAAUGACAAAGUGCAGCGAUGGGUAGCCGCAAUCUAUUGCAGUCAGUCAGUCGGUCGGUCGGUCGGUCGGCUGGUCUUAGAGGCAGAGUAGAGAGACAGACACUUACACAUGUGCAGACAGUCGACGCGAUGGACGGACGGAUCAAUGGGCGUGCCUGAGCUCAUGACACGGUCUUCAUCGAGC